AGAACCAAAAAAAAAUGGAAAAGAGAAACGAGGAGCACUCGCGCAAAAAGUUCAUCGAAGAGCAGCUAAAUGCUCUGAAACAUGAAGAACGAGUUCUGAACGAGACACGUACCAAAUUGCAACAGCAAAAGUGGCACCUCCUGCAGGAAAAUGAUAAGAUCAAGGAGAAAAUUCGUGUGCGUGACGCUGCCGCCGGAGCCGGAACUGGAACUGGAGCACCGCCAGAAUAAUCGAUUUUUAAAAAAAAAUUUUUAAUUUUUAAUUUUUAAUUUUAAUUCAAUUCGAUCUCUCUCACCACCUAUUCAUAAAAAAAUCAAAUUUUUUCACCCCCUUUUUUCCAUUAUUUGAUAUCAAUUCGCGUCGCUUUGUGCAAUAACGCAACGUAUUGUUACUUUCUCCGUGGAGCAUGUUUGCAUUGCGACUACCUUGGCGACGGCUCUGUGUAUGUUCUGUACUUUUUUUUUGAUUUUUUGAACUGAAUUUUAGGAGUUUGAAGUGUUUUGUAAUCGAAAAAAUUAAAAAUAAAAAAAAGGUUU